CGUAUUUGAAGUCCUUCCUGCCUUGUGAGCUUGGCCGCCGCCCCUCCCACUUCGACGUUAGAAUGCUUGCCAUUGUCGCCAUUGUGCAAGGAAGGACGAAGCAGGGCAACGUGGUGGCCACAGCAGGCAAGGCGCAGACGUGGAGCAGGCACAGCAGGGCUAGCAGCGGGCACAGCAAGGUAGAGCGAGGAGCCCAGGACUGAGCAUCGCAAGCAGGCAGAUGCGAUUUUUCGACGAAUUCGUAUGGUACAGAAAUGUCGAAUGAAGUGGAUAUGCUCAAAUCAGGGUUCAUAGAAUCCGAGCCAAAGAUAUUGUCGAAAACAAUUCAAGCUCACUGAUGUGGAGGGCAGCUCGGAAGUGGAAGGUCGAUUGCUUAUGAUUGAGGAAUUGUCUGGUCUUUCGAUUUCCUAACAGCACACCAGGGAAGCAACCGCGGAAGGACGGAGAGGAGGGAAGAGCUGGAGGAAAGGUGACAUAGGAGGGGAGAGGGAGGAGAGGAAGAAGGAACGCCGAAAAAAAAAGGAAGGUCGUCCUGUCAGAUUCGUCAGAAGAUUGAAUUGGGUUGGGCUAUACUUAAGGAAAAAAGAAGAAAUACAGGGAAGGAGAGAAGAUUUCACGAUGCCUGCGGUGGUGGAGCCUUUGCUGGCUGAGAACAGCCAACGGUUCUGUAUGUUUCCUAUCAAGUAUCCGUCCAUCUGGGAGUUUUACAAGAAAGCGGAAGCAAGUUUUUGGACGGCGGAGGAGGUUGAUCUGUCUCAGGAUCUAGCGCAUUGGGAUGGGCUGAACAAGGAUGAACGGUUCUUCAUUCUUCACGUGCUGGCGUUUUUCGCCGCGUCGGACGGUAUCGUGUUGGAGAACCUGGCGAUCCGGUUCAUGAAGGACGUGCAAGUGCCGGAAGCUCGCGCGUUUUACGGGUUUCAAAUUGCCAUCGAGAACAUCCAUUCGGAGAUGUACAGCCUGUUGCUGGAGACGUACAUAAGCGAUCCGCAGGAGAAAGCUCGUCUGUUCAACGCGAUCGAGACGGUCCCUGUGGUGAAGAAGAAGGCGGAUUGGGCCUUGAGGUGGAUAGGGAGCUCGAGCACCUUCGGGCAGAGAUUGGUGGGUUUUGCCGCCGUGGAGGGGAUCUUCUUCUCCGGCAGCUUCUGCGCCAUCUUCUGGCUGAAGAAGAGGGGCUUGAUGCCCGGUCUCACCUUUUCCAACGAGCUGAUUUCCCGGGACGAGGGUUUGCACACGGAYUUUGCCUGCCAUCUUUACUCUCUCCUCCAGACCAAACUCCAUCCGCAAACUGUSGAAGACAUCAUUCGCGACGCCGUCGCCAUYGAGAAAGAGUUCGUCUGCGAAGCUCUGUCUUGCGACCUCGUCGGAAUGAACGCCGCUCUGAUGAGCCAAUACAUCGAGUUCGUGGCUGAUCGCCUUCUUGUGGCGCUGGGAUGUCAGAAGGCGUACAACGCCCAAAACCCGUUCGAUUGGAUGGAGUUGAUCUCCCUCCAAGGGAAGACCAACUUCUUCGAAAAGAGAGUGGGAGAGUACCAGAGGGCGGGCGUGAUGGCGAACCUAAAUAGCACGGAUGCCGUAGGGAACAGGGUCUUUAAAACGGACGAGGACUUCUAACGAGUAAAACACGUUCUUGGAUGUCAGGAGUAGGAAGCAGAUCUAGAUGAGAGGACAGCAGAGGAAGAAACAGCGGGGGGAUGACGAGUAGAGGCUGUAGGUGAGGGAGAAAAUGGGGCAGGAGGCGGAGGCGUCAGAGGAAGAGAAAAGCGGAGGAGAAGGGGGACAGGUAGCAGAAGAGGGAUCUGAAGGCGCCUGAAGAGGAGGGAGUUGAGGGACAGAUAGACGAGGGGAAGGAGGACGUGGAGGGAGAAGAAGAGAUGGGAGAAAACGAGGAAGAAGACGGAAAGUGGAAGAUGAACAGAGAUCAGAGGACCGAAGAGGAGAGAGGAGGAGAGACAGAACGGUAGCGGGAGUGUGACAUGUUAGAGCCUUUACGAACGGUUGCAGUAAAAUUGGACGGUGGUUUUCAAGGUACAGCGAAUAACGAGGUGUCUUUCUGCUUCUGCCUCGCCUACAUGCGCACGGAAGAGAGAGAGAGAGAGAGAGAGAGAGAGAGAGAGAGAGAGAGAGAAGUUUGUAGAUUCAAUGUCCUGCAGAUACGGAAUUCGGAAUGUCAUCGUGGUUGGGCGAAUAUGGUCAGGUAGUUAGCCGAUGACAAAUCGGGAGGAGAUGAAACGGCAUUGCACUCUUCAGGUGAUGGCUCAGCAAUGAGUUACAUUCUUGGAUGGCGAGGAAGGUUGAUGCUCUACUGCUCAGCUGAUAUCACAUGGCCAGUCGGCUGUUUCCAAGACGUAUCAGCGGGCAUCUGGUCACCUGUGAUGAUCAAAUCGAGGUUAGGUGAUAUGCUGUGAUGGGACGCAGGUUGUCUAUAAUGGUCCUUCGAUCUUAGCUACUCGUGGAUGAGCAGCGGUUUCUUUUAUUUGGUGUGACUCGUUCGGUCGCUUCUUUAUCUCUUGGCUCUUACUUUGCGGUAGAGGUUAAUUGUUAGUGGAGAGGUAGCCUAUAUUACCGCACCUUUGCAUUUUGUUAACACAUUGCUCUGGCGCCUUCACACACACACUUACACACGCAGACCCAGACACAGAGAGAGAGGGCUCCAAGAGCUCUCAACAAAGAAGGGGGUUGAAGCUGGUCAGGUGCGAGGAAGGAUCUUGAAAGAGAGGCGAUUGUGAGAGUGCAACAUUCGUCUCGUGGUUCCGGUUUAGGUUCAGCCUUGGCCCCUCGGGAUCUGCUAUGGGCUCGGUAAAGCAUGCCGUUCGCUGAUUGUCCAAUUGCAUUCGAAAUUCGAAUAUGUAAUUAUUGACGCAACAACGUCAAUUCCUGAAUCGCUGUCUUUAUUAGGACUUCUUCGGACUGAUGUUUCUUGUAUACACCGUUUGUUGCCUGUCAAUC